AUGUCGAUACGGAAAGAUAUGGGCAGAGUGGCUUCCGGUCAAGCAGUGCUGGCAUCGUCCGGUGCCUCUCUUGCCAACUUCGCCAAUAUCACUACUUCGCUCCUGAAGCUCCCCCCGUCGUUACAGACCUAUCUGGACGGUGCCUUCGACCAACUGUCCGGUGCGUCUGAGUACCUCCAGGCCGCCACCGGUCUCUCCCCGACGGCUCUCUAUAGUACCGCCGGGGUUAUUCUUCUUCUUGGAACCGUCCCGACGGUUGUCCGGAGGAAUACACAGAACCAGGCCAAAGGGGGCAGGAGGAAAAGCGGCAUCAUGUCUCGCUACGGCUGGUCUAAUCGUCCGGAGCUAUCGCCCUACUCUUCAAACCUCGGUGACGGCAGUGGGGGCGUACCUGCUGUGACGGACGACGACUUCAGCUACAUCACUUCCGAAGAUCUCGACAACCAGGCCUAUGACGAAGGCCAUCGGUACCAGCGUGACCCCCGUGAUAGCGGCGCCCGGGUCGACCGCUUGGCGCCCGUCGAGGUCCCCGAAGACGAUAUCUUGUUGAUCGGGAAAAACAAGGGCGACUUUCAGCCCGCGCGCUUCCCUGCCUUCUCCAUUGGCGAUGGGAAGUUGCUGGUGUGUGACGUGAGGGAUAGGGUCAAGCUGGUCAUGCAGUUGUCGGAUAGGCGCGCAAGGGGGAUCAGGUUAUUGUACAAGGGGCGUCAGCUGAAGGAGCUUUCAGCGCCCAUACGCGAGUACGGCGUCAAGAAUAAUAGCAGAAUCAUGACUGUGCUUGAUGAUGUCGACGAGAGCAGCGACGAGGGCAGAAACGACCUUGUGGUUGUCGAGCAUGAAGAUGGAGGGGGGAAGAAGACUAAGAAGAGGAGGAAAGGCAAGAAGCGAGCUUCCGACGACAGCGGCUCCAACGUGGGCUCCAAUGUUGGGUCCAAUGUGGGAUCCAACGUGGGAUCCAAUGUGGGAUCCAACGCGGGCUUAGGGGUGCCGCAGGAGGAUGGGAGGCGAGGCGGUUCUAGUAGCCGGGCUCAAUCGCCAGCAUCGGGGGUUUCGGGUGUCAGUUCAGCAUCGGCCGUUCGAAGCCGGCCGAUGGGGAAGCUCGACGCUAUCGAAGCGCAUUUCGCAACCCAUCUGCUGCCGUUCUGUGUGCAAUUCACGGCCAACCCACCCUCAGAUUCCAAGAAGCGGGCGGAUGAGCACCGAAGGCUCUCCGAGACCAUCAUGGAGCACGUCCUGUUGAAACUGGAUGCGGUUGAUACCGAGGGCGAGGAUGCAGUGCGUAUGAGACGGAAAGAUAUCGUACGCAAAGUUCAGGAUGUCCUGAAGGGGCUGGAUAGAAGUCUGCGCCUCUGA